AUGGGGUUUCAUGCUUCAUUGUCUGACACAAGUCUGUUUGUAAAAAACAAUGGUGCUGAUAUCAUCAUCCUACUUCUCUAUGUGGAUGAUAUAAUUUUGAUAGGUUCUAAUUCUGUCCAAGUUCAACAGGUCAUUCAUGAAUUAUCAGAGGUGUUUGAAUUGAAAGAUUUGGGCAGACUCAGCUAUUUCUUGGGCCUACAGAUUUCAUAUCAAUCAAAUGGGGAUAUAUUUGUAAACCAGUCGAAAUAUAUCAAUGAUUUGCUUCAUAAAGCUGGAAUGGAUUCUUGUAAACCAUCCGCAACACCAUGUAAGCCACACGACUCAUUGCUUCUCACUGAAGGAAUGUCAUUAACAAAUCCUACAUUUUACAGAAGUAUUGUAGGUUCUCUCCAAUACUUGACAUUUACUAGGCCGGAUAUUGCUUUUGCGGUUAAUUCUGUGUGCCAAUUUAUGAAAGCACCAACUGAUGUUCAUUUUGGAGUUGUGAAGAGAAUCUUGAGGUAUCUUAAGGGUACAAUGCAGUAUGGUAUUGUGUAUUCAGCAGCUACAAAACCGAGUCUCAAGGCUUUUUCAAACUUUGAUUGGGCUGCAGAUUUGAACACUCAGAGGUCUGUGACUGGUUAUCUUGUUUUCCUUGGUAAUAAUCCAAUUUCAUGGCAGUCAAAGAAACAAAGUUCUGUCUCUCGAAGCUCUACUGAAGCAGAAUACAAAGCCUUGGCUCACACUGCAACUGAUCUAGCGUGGAUAAGGGCAGUCUUGAAGGAUUUGGAGUUGUUUCUGCCAACACCACUUGUUAUACACUGUGAUAAUUUGUCUGCGAUUGCAUUGAGUGCAAAUCCAGUGUUUCAUUCUCAAAUCAAGCACUUGGAUACUGAUUACCAUUUUGUUAGAGAGAAGGUGCAACAAGGUGAUUUAGAAGUCUCCUAUACUCCCACUGAAGAUCAAUCUGCUGAUAUUCUAACUAAGGGGUUCCAUGGUCUGUUAUUUGUCAAACAUUGUUACAAUCUUAAACUUGGUACCCCAAGUUAA